AUGAAUGGGAAGUAUGAAAAAAAUGUCGACAAUAGCAGGAAUGCUGUCCUGCCCUCAGUUAAGCAGAAUAUCACCUCAACCCACAGAUAUACAGACGGACAGACACAGACACACAGCUACACAAACAUACAUACAGAUACACACAGACACACACAGAUACACGCACAUACACACGAACAACAGACAUACACGCAUGAACACACACACACACACACACAAAAUACACGCACGGACACACAUAUACACAGACAUACACGCACGAACAUACACACAGACAUACACGCACGAACACAUACACGCAAGAAUACACACAAACAGACAUACACGCACGAACACAGAGCAAAGAUGACACAAAUGUUAGCCGUACGACGUUGA